CGGGNCCGAACAGUGGCUGCUCUGGGAUAAGAAUCCAAAAACUUACGCAAUCGUGAAACAAUUGCUUGCGGAAGGAAAUGCCGGAGAACUGCAGAAAUACUUUGGCUCACGGAUGGAGUUUGGCACAGCAGGGCUCAGAGCUGCCAUGGGAGCAGGGAUUUCCCACAUGAAUGACUUGACUAUUAUCCAGACAACCCAGGGAUUUUGCAGAUACCUUGAGAAGAAUUUCAGUGACCUGAAAAAGAGAGGAGUUGUGAUUGGGUUUGAUGCUCGUGCUCAUCUUUCCAGUGGAGGUAGUAGCAAAAGGUUUGCAAGACUUGCUGCCAAUACCUUCAUCAGUCAGGGAGUUCCAGUUUAUCUGUUCUCUGAUAUAAUACCAACUCCCUUCGUGCCAUACACAGUAACUCAUCUGAAGCUUUGUGCUGGAAUUAUGGUUACUGCUUCCCAUAAUCCAAAACAAGACAAUGGUUACAAGGUUUACUGGGAAAACGGUGCUCAGAUAAUUUCUCCUCAUGACAAAGGAAUUUCUCAGGCUAUUGAGGAGAACCAAGAACCGUGGCCUCAGGCUUGGGAUGACAAACUGAUUGACAGCAGCUCACUACUUCAUGAUCCAUAUGCCAUGGUCAAUAAGGAGUAUUUCAAAGACAUACAGAAACAGUGCUUUUACAGGAAUAUAAACAAGGAAACAAACCUGAAAUUUGUUCAUACUUCUGUGCAUGGCGUAGGACAUAAAUUUGUGCAGUUGGCAUUCAAGGCAUUUGACCUCAGCCCUCCUUUUGCUGUUCCGGAGCAGAAAGAUCCUGAUCCAGAUUUUCCCACAGUGAAGUAUCCAAAUCCUGAAGAAGGCAAAGGUGUUCUGACAUUGUCUUUUGCUUUGGCUGAAAAAGACGGGGCAAGAAUCAUUUUAGCAAAUGAUCCUGAUGCUGAUCGACUGGCAGUGGCAGAGAAACAAGAGAGUGGUGAAUGGAAAGUGUUUUCUGGAAAUGAACUAGGAGCUCUUUUAGGCUGGUGGAUCUUCACUUGCUGGAAAAAUAACAGUAGGGAUACUUGUGCCAUUAAAGAUGUCUACAUGUUAUCCAGUACUGUUUCUUCCAAAAUUCUGAGAGCAAUUGCACUAAAGGAAGGUUUUCACUUUGAGGAAACACUGACAGGUUUCAAGUGGAUGGGCAACCGUGCCAAACAGCUCAUGGACCAGGGGAAAGCUGUUCUCUUUGCAUUUGAAGAGGCUAUAGGGUAUAUGUGUUGUCCUGCUGUUCUGGACAAAGAUGGUGUCAGUGCUGCUGUUAUAACUGCGGAAAUGGCCAGCUUUCUGGCAAGCAGGAAUUUGUCUUUGUCUCAGCAGCUGAAAGCUGUCUAUGAUGAAUAUGGCUUCCAUAUUACCAAAGCUUCGUAUUUCAUCUGCCAUGAUCCUAAAGUUAUUCAACAGCUUUUUGACAACCUUAGAAAUUUUGAUGGAAAAAACACAUACCCAAAAUCUUGUGGUAGAUUUAAAGUUUCUGGAAUAAGGGAUCUAACUACUGGGUAUGACAGCAGCCAGCCAGAUCAAAAGGCUAUACUUCCUACUAGUAAAAGCAGCCAGAUGAUAACAUUCACUUUUGCUAAUGGAGGAGUGGCCACAAUUAGAACCAGUGGGACGGAACCAAAGAUCAAAUACUAUUCUGAACUUUGUGCACCCCCUGGAAACAGUGAUGCUGAACAGCUGAAGAGGGAACUAGAUGAAUUGGUCAAUGCUCUUGAAAAACACUUCUUUCAGCCAGAAAAAAACAAACUUCAACGAAAGACUGAGUAAAAUAGCAAAAUAACUACCUUGAUUGGGUUUUGCAGCAUUAGAAGUGCAUUAUUUAAGGAGUUGAAGUUUUUUUAGGACCAAACUGAGAACUCUGACUAUAAAGAAUUAUGCUUUUAAGAGUUACUUUGGGUACUCUUAGCUCUAGUAUCUUAUUUUGACAGGAAAGUACCUUUACCCUUAAUGGACCAAAAAACCCAUCAGUUGAACUAAAAGCUUUAUGAACUGAAAGUUGACUGCAAAUGUAUUUCAAUCAAAAUUUGUUUUAAUUAAAUAUAAGUAAUAUUCUGGUAUCUGAAACAGCC